AUGUUCCAAGCUUACAUCUACCCGCCGCCAGAAGAGAUAUGGACCAAAAUCAAGAGGAUAUGCCACAACUUCGUGUCCGGGGGCGAGGCGACAGAAGAAAAGGCCUUCAUUCUUUGGAAUUAUGAGCUGAUCUGCACGCCAAGGGAGGAGGGGGGGCUGGGGAUGAUUUGCCCCAAAAAAAGAUUUGACAACAUAGCGGUGCAAAACGUCGGGCGCAUGAUGCUGCAAGCUAACUUGAUCAAGAAGUGGCUGACGGAGCGGGCGGCGGCGAUGCCUCUGGGCCCGGACACGAUUUACGCCCACCAAUCCCUGCUAAAGCACUGGACGGAGGGAAGCAAGCGGUGGAAGGGUAUGUUGCAAUCUUUCUGGAAAUCGCCCUUUUGCGUCACCCCGGAGCCGGAGAAUCGGUGGGAGGUGGAGCGAGAGCAGUUGGCGUUCAACAGACGCAUACCUUUCCGAGGAGCCAGCCCAUUCGGAAAUCAGAAGGGCUCGGCACGCCUUCUGGGGCUGACGAUGGGCGACCUGAUCUGGCGCCGGGCAGAUGGCUCACGGGGGCUGAAGGACAAGGAGGCCCUGGCGAGCGAGCUCGGCAGCGCAGAGGCGGCGAAGCUAGCUCUGAAGGCUUUCGGGGCGGCGCCAGCCAGGUGGAGAGAGCAGUUGUUGGAAACUCUAACAAGCGAGGAGAUUGCUACUAAAGCUCCUCUGCUACGGUAUCAGGGAGGUGCUGUGUCUCGCCCCACGCUCUGGAAAGUUACGGACGCGAACAGCGGGAGGGUGACAGGGAGUGGGGAGCCGGUAGCGGCUACGGGCGAUAAGGUGCUGGGGUUAAUCGGCGAAGCACGUACAAAGCUCCUGCAGUCCAAGCUAUGCAAGAACGGGGAGGUGCUGCCGCUGAAAGAGAUUAGGUUGGGACUGGUUAGCUCGGCACGCAUUGUGAAGGAGCAGCGGAGAUGGGUUGGAGAUGGGAGGGUGAUUGAGUGGAAGGGGGUCAUCAAACAAAGGGACUCUCUCGCCACCCUCGCCCGGGCACGAGAAAUUUUGCUGAGGCUGCACUGUAGGAAUCUGCAAUUAGGGGAGCGGCUUUUCUUUAUGAAGGAAAAAGUGGUCUGUCCACACUGCAAGGCGGAGGAGACACCAGAGCAUUGCCUGCUCGGCUGCCCGGCGACUCAAAAGGUGGUGCGGUUCCUGCGGAGAGGAUUGGCGGAGAUGAACCCGCUGCUGAACUGGCAGGGUCUGGAGGACCUGCUUUUCAUGCAGAAGAGCCCGAAGUCUGGUUUCUCAGAGAGUUCUUUCAUUGCCACCACACUACACCAGGUCGAUGACCUCCAGCUGUUCCUCCAGUGCGAUAGGGCAGACGGCCUCUCUCUGUUCGACCUCACCUCUGGUGCCUCCCCUGCCCCGCCUGCUACUGCUGACAGCACUAUUCGCUCACAGUGGGCGACACGCGAUGCUGCUGCCCGUCUUGCUCUGCGUCGCCACUUACCGACCACUGAGCGUGCACACUUUAGCCAGUACAAGAGUGCUCAGACCUUGUACGACGCUGUAGUUGCAUGCUACUCUUCCCCUGCCACUGCUGCACUAAGCCGCCUCAUGCUACCAUACCUCUUCCCUGACCUUGCUGCCUUUCCCACAGUCGCUGACCUCAUUACGCACCUCCGCACUAGUGACACUCGCUACCGCGCUGCGCUUCCUGCUGAGUUCUGUGCCAAGAACCCCCCCCCCAUGUACAUCACCCUCUACUACAUAGUCACCCGGCUCCCUGACUCUCUUCGCUUAGUCAGGGACCACUUCCUCUCAGUUUGCCCCACCACUCUCACCGUUGACCUCCUCGAGGAGCGCCUCCUAGCAGCAGAGAAGAGCGUAGUCGCUGUAGGAGCCUCUCGUGGUGACCCUCGCACCCCCGUCUUUGAGGGGUGUUCCCCCUCCCCCCUCUUGCCCUCUGUUGCUUCUGCUGCUGCUGCCGACCUCGUUGGUUUCUACGGGGUCGGCGCUGUGUCUGCCCCUAGCGGGAGGCGCCACACCGGCAAGGGCAAGGGGGGCAAGGGAGCUGGAGGGGCUAGCGGGGGUGGUGGAGGUGGUGGUGGAGGCAGUGGAGGGGGUGGGGGUGGUGGUGGGAGUGGUGGCGGGGGUGGCGGCGGCGGUGGCAGCAGUGGAGGCGGAGGAGGCGGCGGUGGUGGCGGAGGGAGGGGAGGUGGCGGAGGUGGCGGCGGCGGCGGCGGCGGUGGAGCUGCUCGCGACUCUAUGCAGAGGAGUGGGUACGGUGGUGGUCUGCGCCAGCAGCAGCAGCGCAGUCGUGAGACCCUGUCCCCUCAGCAGCUUCGUGUGUGCGGGGGCCCGCACUCCACCCAGCGCUGCUUCGGCUGCCUGACAGCCGCGUGGCGUCACCAAUUCCCUGCGGCGUCAGAGAUCCCUCGCUGGGGAGAUUGGUCUAGAGCCGAGGGUGACAUCUUUGUUCUUGACUAUGAUGCUAUUCUUGCUGCCAUGUAUGCUGUGUCUGUUAGUGUUGAGGGUGACUGUUACCUAUGUGUUCCGCCUGACCCGUGCAUUGAGGCUGCUGCUCUAGGUGCUGGUGAGGCUGCUGCUCUAGGUGCUAGUGCGUCUGCUGCCCCAUGUGCUAGUGCGUCUGCUGCCCCAGGUGCUGGUGAGUCUGCUCUCUCAGGUACUACGUCUCUACCUCCCCUCGUUCUCUACGAACUUGGUGAGUGGAGCUGA